AUGCUCCCACGCUUUCUUUCUCUGACAGCCCUGGCCCUGGGUCUGGCCGCCGCCACCAUGGCCCAAUCUCUCCCUCAUCGCGAUAUAAUCGAGCAAGCGACCAUCGCCCAGCCUUCGCCUCACGCAGUCAUUCUUCCCUGUGCGAAGUGCGCUUUCUCGGAAGAUCCCAAGUGCUCGGAGGUCGUCGAUCGAGACAGCUACCUGACAAUCACCUUUGCCACGGAAAACAACACCCUCUUCGCCAACCAGGAUGUCGUCCUCCCCUCCUCCCUGCCCAUGGAGUUCUCGGCUAUCCGACACACCGGAUCCGGCCUGGACGAGAAAGUCAGGUUGUCGUAUGCACUCGACGCGAAACCGAUUCCUCGCGAGCCGACCGCCCUCCUGGGAGAGGUGUAUCUGCUGAAAUUGAAGCUUCUCGAUGCGUUCGGUCGACUGGCCAGCGAUCAUGUCGUGAUGGUCGGACUGACCACAACUACAACCACCUCUGGCUCUGGCUCUGGAGUAGGAGCUGAAUCCAAGUCUCUCACAAUCACCGAACUCACUACUUCCCCUCUCCCCCCUCCUCCUCACCAUCACCACCAUCCUCGUCCUCAUCCCUACGACAACAUCAACACCCCUCAAUCCUGGCUCCAUGCCAUCAAAACCACUACGAAAGAAUACAUCCAUCUUCUCGUCUACUCCUACCCUCCUCCUCCUAAGCAUCAUCACCAUUACCAGUACCCCUCCAAAUCCACCGAUAACGUCAAAGACCCUCACCGCACCAUCCCUCCCACCGGGACACACCCUCACCAUGACUACCGAAGCCAUCACCCCUCGUGGCAUGGACACGGUCUUAACAGGAACUUUGGCCGACUGGUCAAGCCGGUCCUUUUGCCUGCUGUGUUUGGCGCCGCGGCGGGCGUGAUGACUUGUGUGGUUGGUUUUGUGGUUGGGAGGGUUGUUGUGGCGGUGUAUCGGUGCGUGAGGGGUGGGUUGGCUAAACGGAGAUCUAAGGGUGAGGGAAUAGGUAUGGCUAUGAGGAUGGGUAUGGAUAUGGGGAAUGGGAGGAUGGUUAGGGUUCCGGUUGUUUUGAGGGAUUGUGAUGGGAAUUGGAAUGAGGAUGGUGAUGAGGUUGAGAGGGAGAGUUUGUUGAGGGAGUAUGUUAUUAAGGAUGAGGAUGUGAGAUGGAGGGUUUAG